UUUUUUUGGGGGGGGGGUUGCGAAGGUAGGAGCUGUGCUGCCAUGGGGCCCAAGAAGACUGCUGCUGCAGAGUCCGGCGAGAGGAAGAAGGAGAAGGUGACGCUGGAAAUGAAGAAGGAGAUCAUCUGGAAGCACGACGGUGGAAUGCGUGUGACAGACCUCGCCAGGGAGUACGGGAGGAAUCCAUCGACCAUUGGGACCAUCCUGAAGAUGAGGGAGAAGAUCCUUGCGACUGAUGUAGCCAAGGGAGUCACCAGGAUUGUGAAGAACCGCCCAGCUGUUCUGGAGGAGGUCGAGAAGUUGCUGCUCAUCUGGUUAGAAGAGAAGCAGCGUGCAGGGGACACAGUGACUGAGGCCGUCAUUUGUGAGAAGGCCAAGGCCUUGCACGCAGACCUCGUCCGGCAACAGCCAGGAACCUCAGGCGAGCCAGAAGUCUUCAAGGCAAGCAGAGGCUGGUUUGACCGGUUCAAGACAAGAUCUGGAAUCCACAGCGUGGUCAGACAUGGAGAGGCUGCCAGUUCCGAUGUUCCUGCGGCUGAAGACUUUGCAGCGGAGUUCCUGGAGGUUGUGUCCUCCAAAGAACUGAGGGACAUCUGCCAGAAGUGGAAAGAUGUGCAGGCUUUUGCACAGCGGCACCACCCUGACAAGGACCUGACACGUGACCUUGCGAACACUUUUGACACAAGGGUCAUGUCGUCUUUCAGGGAAGUGCUGAAAAGGCGGAUGAAGCAGCAGACCAUGGACAAGUUCUUCAGCAAGAAGCAAAGAGUAGAAGAGGAACCUUCUUCGAGUUGUCCCCCAGAGUCUUAGAAAAUGUAUGUACUGUACAGUGUAUACUUUGGUGAUUUUU